AUGACGACGCGAGCGCAGAAAAGACGGAUUGGGGAGCGAGAUGUGUGGGAUUUGAUCGUGAAUAACGACGAUAUAAGUUUCAAAUAUAUCAUUCCGAGAUUGAAUUCGACGGAUUUGAAAAUCUUGCACGGAGUGAAUACGGAGACGAGAAAGUUGAUUAAGAGAUCGUCUCGCGCGUGGGCUUUGAAAAAGGGGUUUAAAGUGAAAAAGAUGUCGUCGAUAUCGACUUUGGAAGUUGCGUGGGAGAACAGGGAGAAUAAAUCGUUGUGGCCGAGAUGGUUGAGAGAAGAAAGAGAUUUCUGCUAUAAAGUUGCUCAAACGAAUAAACUCGAGUUGCUCAAGUGGGCGCGAGAGGAGAAAAAGUGUAAGUGGGAUGGAAGGACGAUUCAAGCGGCCGCACGUCAAGGUAAUCUAGAAAUGGUAAAGUAUUGCGUUGCAAAUAAGUGUCCUGUCAAUGAUUAUGCGUGUGCAUAUGCUGCCGAUGGCGGUCAUCUCGAGAUAAUCAAAUACUUACGCGAAGAAGUCAAAGCGCCUUGGGAUUGGGCAACUGCCGCUGGGGCGGCUAGAAAUGGUCAUCUUCACAUACUCGAAUAUCUUGUCGAGCGUAAGUAUGAUCAAUUUGACGAGUAUGCGUGUCGGUGGGCGGCCAUGAACGGCCACUUGGACUGUUUGAAAUACUUGCACGAAACCGCCAAAGCGCCGUGGAACUCUGACGCCGUGCGCUUCGCGCACGAGAAAAAUCAUCCCGAAUGUUUACAAUAUCUCCUCGACAACAACUGUCCAUUACCAUAUGGUUGGCGAUACGAAGACGGCGAGUUACACAGUUCAUAA